AUGUAUCAUCACAGCCUUCGUCAAGAUGUCUUUAUAAAGGAAAAGUACCAUUAUUUAAACGUUCCUAAAGUUGGAACAUUUAUAGUGUAUGACAGCCUUGACUGCACCUUUGAAUGCCUCGGCAAUCCUUCCUGUUUGUCCUUCAACCUGGCAGCUUACAAAGGAGGAGAUGGAAAGUUGCGGUGUGAGUUGUUAUCCUCAGAAAAGUACAGCAAUUCUGAGGAAUAUAAAAGGAACGAGAGUUUUCAUCACUUUUCCAUCAAGGUGGGGUAAAAUCUUUGCAUAGAGUUUAUUAAAGUAAGAUAUUUUUUUGACAUCCCAGUCUAUGCGAUUUUUAAUAACCUGUCACGAAUACGAAUCGACAUAAAAGUGACUACUGCACGAUAACAAGUCGGGGUUAUUCAGUCGAAUGUCACUUCCUCAUUUUUUUCUGCAAUCAACACUUUUACGCAAAACAAAAUUACCUUAAUUAUAUGGCAUUUGACAUCGACCUUUUUUAAAAUUAUUUCAGACUCCAUGCAUGUCAUCACCUUGCCAAAACGGAGGCACCUGUGUAGCUAACUACAAGUAUCACACGUUUGACUGCCGUUGCAAAGAAGGAUUUUAUGGAGAAUUUUGCGAAAAAGGUAAUUGAUAUUCAGACCAGGGCCCCGGUUCAAGAUAGGACAACUAAACUUAGCGGGUUUACCUAAAAUUUAUCUGGGAACAUUUUCAAGGCGUUGUAACGUGUACGUCAAAAUUGAUGUUACCAUGGCAACCGAGUUUUGACAGCCAUGUGUUUCAAAAUUUGCAUUUUCUUUAAAAAAUAGGUUUUAUUUCUUUUUUUUUUACUGAUUGAAUAAUUAGGUUAUCUACUUCUUUUUUUUUCAGUUGCCAAGUCAUGCCAAGACGUUUAUAAUCAGCUCACAGAAAAGUGAGUAAACCUAUGCAUUAAGUAAUUUAAUUAAUGAGGAUAGAUCAGUUCAAGUCCGGGGGAUCAUUCGGAGUGCCGUCAGUACUUUGUUUAUGAGCCUCAAAAACAGCCAAAAAAAUCACUCGGCAAGCCUCAAAAGCGAAAUACAUUUUGUGUUGCAGAGAAUGUCGAUAUCACUAAAUUGUUAGAAUUUGUAUCUUGGCUGAUGGAUUCUAUUUCAGCCUUUGUUCUCCACCUUCGAAACUCAAGGUUAUUAUGGACCUAACUCGUAAAAACUGUUGAAUUUUUAAAACAAAUGAUUGGUACUGUUCAGAUAAUAAAAACCAUAAACUAUGAACACCACCAUCCUGCACGGAAAGCCCUCCACCAAAGUUGUUGAUAAAAUUCAGUUGAACGCCUCCCUUUCUCUGAAUACGAACACCUGUAUAAAACGAAUGGUUCGUUUGUACCGACAAAAAGUUCAGAUAUUUCAGUGCUCAUAAGUUAACCUGGUUAAUAUGGAAAACGAACACUUUUCUGUGUCCCGAGUCUCAAACUGUCAUAUAAUAAUUACCGUAAACUCCCCCGGGAGGUCCUCAAUAAAGUUUUAUAAGGGGAAGCUCAUGACCAGCCCUGGGUCCAACUCCUUAUCUUUUACGCCUAUCAUUUUUGCAGAAAAGGUACUCCUUUCGUAUCCCAUUCCAUCCCUUUUGGAAAUUUAGAUUGGACUGAGACUGUACUGAAUUCCAUUCAUUUAUGUUUGUAACAAAGAGCGAACCUUUUUCUUUUUUUUUUUACAACCAGUUAAGGUACAUUCCAUUUUUCUCUCUCCGACAGUUGGGAGCUGGAAAAAUUAAAAUGAGAUUUCAUUUUGUACAGGUUGAACGUGACUCAGUUGGUCACUCUCCUCCUUGACUCCAAACUGGUUUCAGUUCUCUGUCACUUUGGAAAUUUUGGAUGCGGAGAUGGAGGAUGGACACCGGUGAUGAAGAUGGACGGCAACAAUGUAAGACAUUCGUGUACGUUUUCCCAUAGUUUGGCAACGAGAGUGGAAAAAAAAUGUGCUGUUAAUAAUUAAAUACAUGCAGGUUUGCCGCUGUCAGCGGUAAUUUUCAAUUAUCCUAGCCUGCGAAUACGGAGCCGUUUCUCCUUGCUCCUCGUCGCUAGGGACGUUUCAUCAGGAGGAAAGUCUGGACCUCAGCGACAGAAAUUCCAUACUAAUGACGUAAAAUUGCAAAAUUUUCUGGGGGAGCAUAAUCCCAGUCCUCCAAGUUUGAAGCGCCUUCGGACCUCUAACUUUUCUUCUCGUUGGUACAUGCUAAGUCCUUGGACCUGACAGAGUUAAGUAUUAAGAACACCUUUAAGCUUCUGGAAUAUCUCUGUCAGUAGCAGAAGUCAUCCGCCCUUCCUGUCAGACGAUGUGAAGUUUUUAAUCAAAACGCAGAAGCCUGCUCCCUGUACUUGCGAAUAAGCGAGAGUUAAAGAUAGUUAUAUUCAAUUCGGCAUUUUUCAAUCGCAUCAAUGAUUAAAGAGUGCAGUAUUUGUUUACUUUUUAUUCUCUCGGUGACCAUUAACGCCAUUUCGCCAGCUGUGGCUUAGACAACUUUAUUUUAUAAAGCUGGAGAAGCAAGGACGUUGCAGAUAUUCUUUUUAUUGUAAUGGAUCUUUCAUUGCAAAAUCUUUUUUUCUUCUUUUCCUGUAAGGAUGUUGUCUUUAGAAGAAAAAAGAAACCUUUAGUUUUAACUUUUCUUUUUAAAGGACAUUUUUCCUAUUUCUUCCUCCUUUCUACCAUAGCAAACAUUUCAUUACGAAACAGCCUUUUGGAGAAACAAAGAAACCUUUAACCUUGACGGAGGGAAGACUGGGUUUGACUCACAAGAGACUAAACUACCCUCCUACUGGAACACAUCCUUCUCCAAGAUCUGCCUCGGUAUGAAGAUCGGUCAGCACAUCAGGUUUAUUGUCAUCAACAAGCAGGUGAACUCCUUGUACUCUCUGAUCGCUGAUGGGCAAUACCGCGCCACCUCACUGGGUCGUGACACGUGGAAGUUGCUGAUUGGUUCUGAGGCCUCCUUGCAGCUCAGCUGUAACAAGGAAGGAUUUAAUGCUGUUUGUGAUAAUGCUGGUUAUUCCAAAGCAAGAAUCGGGAUCAUUAGUAACGACAAUGACAAUUGCAUCUUCAGUGAGUCUAGAAUUGGAUUUGGUACUGGAGGAUAUCCUGAUAAUAGCAGCUCGUGUGGAAACGAGGCUAAGUGGGCUCCAGAUAAUGGCGAAAAACAUAUUAAGGCAAUGGGAUAUAUUUUGGUGCAGUAAAAAGAAACUUAUCUGGGUUUAUCUACCUUGGCGCCAAAAAAAAGCUAGCUUAACUGAACUCUAGAUCCUGUUCGUUUUUUUGAGGAUAAACAAAAGAAAAUAAGUAACCAUUAUACAUUAAACUGAAGCAUAUAACCCUUUCUGUUAGAAAUCAAGGAUACACUGGGAAACCAAGAUAAAAAUCGUUGGCUGUGUUUAUCUCAGUUACUCCUCAAAGGUAGUACGCGCUAACAAAACUAUCUUAUUUUAAGAUUGUAUGUGAGUGUUCAGGUUUUACUUUUUUUUGUCAUUGUUUUUGUUUUUAGAUCAGUAUUUGAAAAGGACGAAGUUGGUGAUGCGAGUACUAGCUUUUCUGCAUGGCCUCUUUUCCAAGUUCUUUUAAAUAAGCGUCCUUGAAGAGUUUACAAAUUCCAAACUACUGUAGUAAUGAAAAUAAAAUAAGGACCGUCCUGUAUUGGUAAUUAGAAACGGUCAGUGUUAACGUGG